AUGUCCCUCUUUGGAGCGCCCGCUGGCGGCUCGUCGCUGUUCGGCGGCGGUAAUACGACCACAGCAGCGAACCCUUUUGCACAAUCAUCAGCCACACAACAGCAACCCGCACAGUCGCAAGGUCUCUUCGGCCAGAAUAAUAAUGCGAAUAAUCAACAGCAGCAGCAGCAACAGCAGCAGCAGCAGCAGGCUCCGCAGCUAGGCCAGUCUUUGUUGGGGCAACCGCAGAAUAAUGCAGCUCCCGGCUCGUUGUUCCAGCCUGGCGCUCAACCACAACCUUACGGCAAAUCCGUCCCCGAACAGAUGACUCUAGUAGUCAGCAAAUGGCACCCACAAUCCCCCGAUUGCGUCUUUAAGCACUACUUCUACAACAAAGUCGACGAUGCUCACGUUCCCUUCUACCACCCCGGCCCGAACGAGAACCCGAAAGAAUGGGAGGAGGCACUGCAGAACAAGCCCGCACCAGGCCUGAUGCCCGUGCUGGCGUCUGGUUUUGAGGCUGUCGCGGAGCGACUUAAGGCGCAACGCGUCGCGAUUGGCCGCUUCAACCAGCGACUGCACGAGAUCAACAACUGCCUGGACGCGAUCCUGUCGAAACACGACCUGGAGUGGAGCGUGCGGACGAUUAACGCAAGGCGCAAACACGAUGCCCUGCGUCGACGCACGCUGGUACUGGCUAGGAAAGUGCAGGUUCUGCGAAAUCGAGGAUACGCCCUUUCAGGUGAUGAGGACGAGCUUAGGAUCAAGUUGGAGAACAUGGAGAAGAGUGUGCAGGACCCAGCAGUCAACGCGAGACUGGAAGAGCUCUGGAGCCGUUUGAUAAUGCUCAGAGAGAGAGCGCAGAUCCUGCAGUCGGAGCUGCAGAAGAAGGGCCUCGGCGAGGAGCAGGGUCUGGGUGAGGAAGUGGAGGUCAGAGUCAAGAAGAUCGUCGAAGACUACGAGAAGCAGCUCCAGCACCUCAAGAAGGAAUGCGAGCUGAUCAAGCAUGACUUUGAAGAAUGGGAGAAGGAUCACCCUAAAUAG